AUGGCAAUAGAUUUGGGUGUGCAAGAAUUAAUUGUGUUGGGAGAUUCUGAUUUUCUUAUCCGACAAGCUCAAGGCGAAUGGGAAACUCGAGACCUCAAGCUCCUCCCAUACAGACAAUGUGUGGAAGAUCUUAGCAAAAGGUUCAUGUACAUAGAGUUUAGAUACAUCCCCAGGUUUCAUAAUGAUUUGGCCGAUUCAUUGGCUACUUUAGCCUCAAUGCUUCCCUAUCCGAGAAACACUUACAUCACCCCAUUAGAGAUUCAAGUUCGGGACCAACAUGGCUAUUGUAAUAAAGUGGAAGCAGAACGUGAUGGUGAGCCAUGGUACUCAGACAUCAAGAAUUUUUUGAAGACAAGGAGAUGCCCCGAACAUGCCAACAGAAGCCAAAAAAGAACUAUUAGACGUCUGGCUAAUGGUUUCUUUUUGAGCGGGGAUGUUUUGUAUAAAUGA